CUUUAUUGUGUAUUGCAACUGUGAAAGAAAACGCUAUAAAUCACCCAAAAAAACUGAAAUGAAAUGAAAGUAGAGAGGCCUAUCUUGUUGUUCUGCUUCUCUGUUGCGAUAUUAGUCCCAGCGGUGGUAGGUGUAUCUCAAAUUCAACCUCAAGAAGAAGGCUUUAUUUGUAGCACAAACAUGGCUACUCUCGGAGGAAUACACGACUCUCAUUCGUCCAACCAGAACACCGCCGAUAUCGAUAAUCUCGCCCGAUUCGCCAUCCAAGAACACAACAAAAAAGAGAAUACACUCUUCGAGUUUGUGCGGGUGGUGAAGGCACAAGAACAGGUGGUUGCUGGUGCGUUGCACCAUAUAACUCUUGAGGCUGUUGAUGCGGGUAAGAAGAAACUCUAUGAGGCAAAAGUUUUUGUGAAGCCAUGGAUGAACUUCAAGGAAUUGCAGGAAUUCAAGCAUGCUGGUGAUGUUGGUGACACUCCUGCAUUAACCCCGUCAGAUCUUGGUGUUAAGAAAGAUGGGCAUAGCCCAGGAUGGCAAGCAGUGCCAACACAUGAUCCUGUGGUUCAUGAUGCUGCGCAUCAUGCUGUGAAAACCAUCCAGCAGAGGGAUUCAAACUUGACUCUGCAGGAGAAGAUUAAAGAGUUGAAGGCUGAGAAGAAUGAGCUUCGUGACGAGAAGCAGAGGCUGAAGGCUGAGAAAGAGAGAAAUGAAAUGAAAGUAGAGAGGUCUAUCUUCUUGUUCUGCUUCUCUGUUGCGAUAUUAGUCCCAGCGGUGGUAGUUGUAUCUCAAAUUCAAUCUCAAGAAGAAGGCUUUAUUUGUAGCACAAACAUGGCUACUCUCGGAGGAAUACACGACUCUCAUUCGUCCAACCAGAACACCGCCGAUAUCGAUAAUCUCGCCCGAUUCGCCAUCCAAGAACACAACAAAAAAGAGAAUACACUCUUCGAGUUCGUGCGGGUGGUGAAGGCACAAGAACAGGUGGUUGCUGGUACGUUGCACCAUAUAACUCUCGAGGCUGUUGAUGCGGGUAAGAAGAAACUCUAUGAGGCAAAAGUUUGGGUGAAGCCAUGGAUGAACUUCAAGGAAUUGCAGGAAUUCAAGCAUGCUGGUGAUGUUGGUGACACUCCUGCAUUAACCCCAUCAGAUCUUGGUGUUAAGAAAGAUGGGCAUAGCCCAGGAUGGCAAGCAGUGCCAACGCAUGAUCCUGUGGUUCAGGAUGCUGCGCAUCAUGCUGUGAAAACCAUCCAGCAGAGGUCCAACUCAUUGUUCCCUUAUGAACUUCAAGAGAUAGUUCAUGCAAAAGCUGAGGUCAUAGAAGAAUCUGCAAAGAUUGAUAUGGUUCUCAAAGUGAAGAGGGGAGACAAAGAGGAGAAAUUUAAGGUUGAGGUACAUAAGAACAACGAAGGUACCUUCCAUUUGAAUCAGAUGGAGCCAGAUCGUUCUUGACUAUGAAGUUACCAGUAUGCAGCGUCCUGACAUACUAAUUUUUAUUUGGAGGAGUUGUCUUUUACUGUUUUGGCUCUUUUAAGUGGUUUCAUGUUCUGUCUUUCUUUUUAAUGUGCUGGAUGGUUAACUACUUCACUGUCAAUAAGAUCCUUGUAUAAUCAUAUGCUGUGCGGGCGUGCGGGCGUGCGUGUUUUGAGGAUGUUUAUGGAAGCUUUGUAUUUGGUAUUAUGAGGUUUACCCCUUUUUAGGGGGCUCUUUGGUCUA